AUGUGUUUUAUUAAACCGGACGAUGACGUUGCUGAUUUAUUAAGGAAAACGAAAUUGAUAAUUUGGGAUGAAGCACCGAUGAAUCAUAAACAUGCGUUUGAAGCACUUGACCGAACAAUGAAAGAUAUUUUCAAAUGUGAGAUAACCUUUGGUCGUAAAGUUAUGGUGUUCGGUGAUGACUUUAGACAGAUACUUCCGGUUGUACCAAAUGGCAGUAGGCGAGAAAUCGUUAAUGCUUCAAUCACUUCGUCGUAUAUUUGGAGUAGUUGCAAGGUCCUUAUGUUAACAAAAAACAUGAGGUUAACCGUAGGAGCGAACGCAUCUGAUAUAGAAGAGAUUAAAGCUUUUGCGAAUUGGUUGCUCGAGUUGGGGGAGGGAAAAAUUGGUGGCAGUGACGAUUGUGAGGUGGUUAUAGAUAUUCCUGAAGAUUUGUUAAUCAAGUGCUCUGAGGAUCCUAUGUCAGAUCUGAUCGACUUUGUAUAUCCUUCACUUCUCCAACUGUACAAAGAUAAAGAUUAUUUUGCUGAAAGAGCUAUACUAGCACCAACAAACGAGGUUGUUCAAGAAAUUAAUGAAAGAUUGCUUGCUUCGUUUCCUGGCGAUGAAGUCGAGUAUCUGAGUUCUGAUAGUAUUUGUCAAACUGAUCAAGCAAAAAACCAAGCACAUGCGAGACUAUAUUCUCCCGAUGUUCUGAAUGGUCUUAAAAUUUCUGGUCUGCCUAAUCAUCGAUUAGUCCUUAAAGUUGGUGUACCUGUAAUGUUGCUUCGUAUUAUUGAUCAACAAAAUGGUUUGUGCAACGGUACGAGACUGCGGAUUACUAAACUUUAUAGACGUAUUAUAGAGGCUGAGAUUAUAUCCGGCGGAAACAUAGGGACCAGAACGUUUAUUCCACGAAUCAGUUUGACACCGUCGGAUAAAAGAAUUCCUAUCAAGUUUCAAUGA